AUGGAUCCUUUCAGUGCGGGGGUAUUCACCAGCAUUGGCAGUGCAUUCAAGUUUGCUGAUGUGGCCAUACGGAUUGCGGAAGUUGGAAGUGAAAAUGCAGUUUUCGUGCGCACUAUAUGCGUUGUUCGUUCGGAUCUCGAAGAAGUCGAGCGACUCCUGAGCGAGGACACGGUACAGAAGAAGCUUACUGCAACACCUGGGAAGCUUCCUUGGAUCAAGACUGCCAUACACAACACGAGAUACGCACUCAACGAGAUUGGGAGAUGGGUCGAACGCGUGCGAGUCGAGCAAGAGAGCACAGGGUCGAUCAGAUUUGACACAAGGGUUCGGUGGGUGUUUAGCGAUCAUGAAAAGCUGCUCAGCCGCAAGACGGAGCUCUCGACUUGUCAUCAGCAGCUUUCAAGUAUCCUUGGUUAUUUGGUUGGCCUGGAGGUCGCACCAGGUCAUCCGGCUCCGCAGGAGUAUGAAGACACAACGCAGUUCGAAGAUGUUCUGGCUAGACACAGAAGAACAAACAGACCGAAACCGCCAAAGGCAGACUCGGGUCAGAAGUCGAUCGCAGUGAAAAAAGGUGUUCUGCAUGAUCAUGCCGCUGCAAACCCAGUCCCGAACACAUACAGUCGCCUGCCACCUGUUUCUGGCCACCGAAGCCCAUCAAACGCAGCACUGUUCAACGUACAUGAGCGAGACGACUCCAUACGCUCUCCUUCAUUUGCGUCGAGUCGAAAGCCCACUGGCAGUCCACCGCCAACAUACGCCACUGCUGUCUCGGUUGACUCGGUUACGUAUGAUGUGCGCCCGAGCCUGUACAGUCCACCGAUGGCCGACAAAUCCACCUCUGCUGAUCAAGGCACUGAUCACAAAGACACAUUGAAUAGACCACACAAUGAGACCUGGGCUUACAGGAGCAACCUUAAUGACAUGGCGAUCUCUGAGUUGGCUGGAGACGCAGUCGUCUUCAGUGCCACAAACUCCGCCGGCCCUGUCAAUCCAUACGAACUAAUGACCUUCAGCAAGUCCGCCACCAUGAGGUUCUGUACUUCGUACGACGUCAUCAUCCAAAGUAGUCGGAAUAUUGAGAGGCUGGGGUCACACCCCUGGUUUUAG